AUGGCAGGAUUCCUCGCCAAGUCCCUGCUGCGCAGGUUUAUGCGUUCGCGCCCAUGGAUGCCCGAAGAUUCGGUGAUCUUCUACGAUUGGGACGCCGAGAUUCUUGGUACUGUUCCUGGUCCUGCCGGGCCUGUCGUUGUUGGCCACCCAGCCGACGGUAAUGUUCCAGCUGCGGCGGCCGCCCUGAACACGUGGGUUGCACUGGAAGAUGUGGGCCCACACACCCGAGGCGAUGUCAUUGCUGUCGAUCCCGGUCCCCUUCCACAGGGUCACAUCAUUCUCGGUGACCGCACUCUGGUGCCGGUAGGAAACUUGGUACUGUCAGUCAGGAAGGUUUCCCCAGAUCAGGUCGCGAAUGCCCGGUUCGAUGACCUUCGCAUCAUUCGCAUCUUGCCCGUCCAGUUCGAUGCCCAGGGUAUCCGACGGCGGGAGUUCAAUGCAGCAAUGGCCCUGAUGCAGGACACCUCUCCCCAGGGAGGCGGGCUACAGCUGCAGGGACCGGCUUCACUGCUGAACGUGCUGAAGAUGAUGCGGGAGCAGAGCUUCACUCCCUCGACGUUUCACGAGUUCUGGGUGCGGAGCUCCGAGCUCUUCAGAGGCGAUCGUUCAGUCUAUGAACACGAGUGCCUCUCUCGAGUGUUGGAGGCAAUGAUCACCGUGGAUCAGCUCAACGUGCCAUGUCUCCAAGCCGCGGAGCUCAUCGGGCGUAGGCUUCAAGUGAUCAGGGAAGCGCACCGAAUCAGUCCUGGAGCGCCGGACUACUCGGCGGCCGACGUGAUGAUGGGAUGGGAGUAUCGAAAAGCCGGCCAAGGUAUUGAUGCUGGGCUCGCAGCCCAUGUGGCAUCUGAGCUCAAGAAUGAGGCCGCCAUCGCCAAGGAGGCUAGGAAGGCUCGUGAGGAAGCAGAUCUUCGCCGCCGCAAGCCCAACCCGAAGUCGGGGGCAAAGGGUGGAGGCGGCGACGAUUUUACCAAUUUUGAUGGGGAGGACAGGAACAGAGACCUUUUUCCCAUACCCAUGAUUCAGCCUCGGGAUUGUUCGGGAUUGUCUUCCAGCACUUCUCGACGGCGAAGGGCGGCCCGAUUCAACCGCAAGGUCAAGCUCGCCAAUGACGUUUUGGGCGCCUUGAAUGAGAUGUAUCGCCAGGCUGGGACUCAUGCAUGCUCCAGUAUAUCCCCGACCACCGCGCAGUAUGCCGCCCAAGGGCAAAUACUUCAGCAGGUCGACCGCGUCGCAAGUAAGAUACCUUUGUACAGUGAGCGUGAGGCGACCAGAUCGCUUCUGCAAUCUUGCCUCUCCUACAACGAGGAGGAUCUGGUGGAUGACUUUGGUCGUGAUAUCUUGAAGGUGGAAGAGGGGCUCGGGGUCACGCCGUACAUGGACGUUGUUCUCAAGCGAGACUCUCGCAAGUAUGUGCAAUUCGUACACUCCCUCUACCUAGGAGGUAUGAUUGCUUUCACGGAUCAGCCAAAGGACCUAAUGACACCCUUCUUCGUGGCCAAAAAGUCUGGCAAGCUCAGGCUCGUCCUGGACUGCCGGGGAGUGAAUCAAAGAUUCAAGGAUCCACCUUCGAUGAUGUUGGCCGCAGGCUCUUCGUGGUCCAGUGUCGAGGUGCCAGAUGGGCAGACCCUGUUUGUGGCCCAGUCGGACAUCACAGACUACUUUUAUUCUUUGAGGUCUCUCGGCUUCGGCGUCCAUGAGGAAAUGGAUGCCUGCUCCUCAGCAUCUUCGCUGGGGUUCUUCAUUGACGGUGUGGAGGGCACGGUGACUCCUAUUCCGGACAAGGUGGGAAGAGUAAUCGCUGCUUUCAAGCGGCUCAGCCCGCGCCCCAGGGUAACCGGCCAGGCUAUCGAAAAGCUAGUGGGGCAUGCCGUGCACUUCAUGAUGUUGCGCAGGGAGUUGCUGGCAUGUAUGCGAUCGCUCUACGAUUUUUAUUCAUUCAAAUUACCGGAAUCGCGUGAGGCUGUGGACUUCUGCAGCGCGUGUGUCGCUGAGAUUGCGCGACGCAAGGAGGGAUGGCGAUUUCAAGCUCGGGACUUCAUUGCCCCGCGUGAAAAGGCAUUCACUCCCGACCAGAAGCCAGAUCCUUUCUCCGAUCCGGACACUGUUAUCCCCUGUCAUACCUUGCCACAGGACCCGUUUGCCAUCAAUCCUGACUUUGAUGAGGUUCCAGCGCCCGCGCUGACAGGUUCAGAAUGGUUCGUGGCAUUUGCAGCUCAUACGGCGGAUCCCGAACCUAUCACGGUCAUUGAAGCUCGAGGGGUGGUUGCAGCUAUUCGACACAAGAAAGCCAAGGACAAGCGCCACAUCAAGUUCAACAGUCUCCUCACCGGCUCUGGCGAGCACGGUCCGCUCGCCGAAACGAAAGAGGAGAAAGCGGUGAAGCGACAGAAGCUGAUUUCGAGGACGAGCUCACCCCGGCUUCAUGGCCAAACAUUCUUGGAACAAGUGGCAGUCUCAGCGCCGGUGGCAGCGGACUAUGCAAGCCGCCUCCGGCGCUUUAUGGAGGCGAGGCACAUCAAGGAUAUCAGGGCCAUGCCGGAGAUCCAGUUGGACGAGUCCUUGAGCAUCUAUCUGAACAAUUUGUUCGAGGAAGGGGCCGACGUCUCCGAAGGAAGCAAGGUCUUCGCAGCUGUAUUGGAUGCAAGGCCCGGCUCUUCCCAGCAGAUGGUGCUCCCGAGAUCCAGGCGAUGCUUGAAGGGCUGGUCGAACAUGGACCCCGGCAAGACCAGACCUCCGAUCCCCUUUGCGUUGAUCGCCUUGAUUGCCCUGGAUCUGCUCGACAAUCGCAUCUACGAAGCCUUCCUGAUUAUUCUGAUCAUGUUCAGCGCUUACCUCAGACCUGGGGAGGCGUUGUGCAUCCGGUCGGCAGAUCUGGUGAGGCCGACUCGGAGUGUUCGCCACUUCACCAUCAAUCUGCAACCAGCGGACCGCUGGGAGUCCAGCAAGACCGGACUCUCGGACGAAACUAUUGUGUUGGACUCGCCGCUCAUCCCCCACCUAGGCCGUCUACUGGGUCAACUUGCCAAUCGCCGUGCAGGUCUACCGCUGUUCACCCUAGAUUACAGGAUGCUGCGCUUCCAUUGGCAACAAGCUCUCGUCCGUAUCGGCCGCCGCCACAACCAUGCGGUUCUGUACCAGCUCCGUCACUCCGGCCCCAGCCACGAUCGUCUCCACAACCUCCGGACGUUCAAACCCGCGCGCUGGAAGCGGAACGUCAUCUUGGCCUCCGGAUGGCAAAAUUUUCACUUCCUCACUAGGCUCAAAGGCACCGUGGGUUUUGGAACUCUUUUCUGGCUGUGCUCGCUUAUCUUCGGCAUUCCAUACCAUACAGUUGGCUUCAACGUCGCAGCACUCGACAUCGCCUACGGUGACUCUUGUGACCUACGCAGGCAUACCGUUCAACGCCAGCUUUUCAACUUCAUGCGCUCGCAUCUCGUUGUGCUCGUAUGGCUGGGCUUUCCGGGUACCUCCUGGUCUCCUGGGCAUAAACAUGAUGGGCUUGCGCGCCCUCCACUGCGUGAUGAUCUUCAUCAUCUAUGGGGUCGCCCUGGGCUUUCUCGUCGUGACCAGGCCCAGGUUGACAACGGCAACAAGCUUUUAGCCAUCGCGAUUCAAGUCAUUCACUUCUGCCGGUGUUAUCAGAUUCCGUGGGCUUUGGAAAACCCAAUCUCCUCUCUCAUUUGGCAAACGCCUCAACUGCAACAACUUGCACUAGCUUGCUGUCGCAACCGGCGCAUUGGUUGGAAUCCGUGUGCCGGGUAUGCCAGCCAACCCGCGGCCGAUGUUCGGCCUCUGGACGUCCUCAUCUCCGACUCCACGGCUCUGAAGAUCCUUGUGGCUGCCCCUGCCGACGAGAUAAAGAGAAUCUGCCCUGGUCCUGGUCGCAUACUUGGUGCUGGUGCUGUUCUGCGUCUCGGAGGAUCAGUUCUGGGAGGCUACGGCGAGGCAGAUAUCAACUACGCGUACCGGCAGCUCUCACGUGCUCUGCAUCCGGACAAGAAUCCGGACAUCGAAGAGGCCCACGAUGCCUUCAAGCGACUUACCGAUGCAUCGGCUGAGCUCAAAGAAGGCUUGGAGGAGCAGCGAAACCUUUUGAGAGCUAUCUGCCUCACCAUGGGCACGGCAGUGACUCCCGAAAUGUUGGAGCGGCCGCAGGAGGCUCUCUUUGCAGAGGCAACCCGGAUGCUGCAUGCGGUGUUAGCAUUGACCGGCGAGGGAGAGGUUCCCGGGCCGGCCUUGACGCGUUCCCUCGCGUCCUUCACGGCCUCGACGACGUGGACAAAUAGCAGACCGCAGGUCCUUCUGGCCGAGUGGUUCGACAUGAACCGGCUCUUAGACUUAUUCGGCACUCCCCCAUUGCGGACGGCCUAUGACUGUGCUCCGAAGCGAUACAGGGCGUUCAGGAAACACAUGCUGAGGCAAUUCCUCUGCGCGAUGAACCGCGCAACCCUCGCGGAGGCUAAGAGGAACAAUGACUGCGUGCGUGGAAACUGGCAGACAGUAAUGAUGCAAUACCCCGAGAUCGGGCUUUGGCGUGACCUCCGCGAGAAAAUAAAGCUCCGCGUGUGGACGCCCGAAGCCAAUGAGCCCGGCACGAAAACGCGGCGAGGCAGCAUGUGGGACGACGAGGAGGGCAAGCGCACAUCCACUUGGGCCACCUUAUGGCGAGAUAGGAUCCGAAACGUGCUCCCGCGCGGUAUCGAUAGUUUCGUCGGGGCAGGCGACAAGGAGGUGCGGAUGAUGGCUGCGGCUCUUUGGAAGGACAUCACGGAGUGGGCCAAAGGCGAAGGAGAUUGCGCUCGCCACUUGAACCUCUUCACGGCAGAGCCCCCUGCGAACCCGGACGAGACGGCUGAGGCACCGGAGGAGUGGGCCUUCGUGCCGGCCGCCGACAUCUUCCUCGUUGUUGGCGAGGGCAUCGUUGGCAUCACCGCAGAGGGCCUUGGGGCCGCAGAUGCCAAGCCCGGCCACGACAGGAUGACCUACUCGGAGGCCAUGCAAGACAAGAAGCAAAAGUCCAAGGACGACGAGGACGAGGACAAGGAGAAGAAGAAAGGGAAAGACGGCAAGGACAUUAGUCGAUCCAGAAGCCCGGGUGGUGGCGAGAAGAAGAAGGAUUACUGCAAGCUGUAA